CUAUUGCAACGUCCAAUAACCAUGUUGUGUCGCUUGUGGAGGCAAGCUUCGGUAGCCGCUGUCCUUAUUUUCCCCAGAGCUACAACUGUAGCCUUUGCAGCGCUGCCACCAACCCACAAGACGAGCGUUAUCAAGAAUCUGUCAACAGUUGGAACUGGUGCAACAUCUUUGAGCGCUACCGGUACCACAACGAACGGCAUGGAAUCCAAAAUCGAAGCAGCAACUCCUGUAAAUGGGAUCCCAGGACAGGACAUCAAGGAAGAGCAGCCGGUUCGAAACCCAAUCACAGAAAGUUCGACGGUGCUAGUCGUCGGUGGUGGAAGAGGGAUCGGUCUUGAAUUCGUGCACCAAUGUGCAGGUCGGGGUGCCACGGUGAUCGCCACUCAUCGAGGAAGCGAUAUCUCGACAGAUCUGAAAACUUUCAUGGACGAUACAAGAUACAACAUUGAAGCACUCUCACUAGAUGUUGGCGAUGAAGAAAGCAUUGCUAAUGCUGCGAAGGAACUGAAGGCUCGACUCGGAGACAGACCCUUGACUCAUGUCAUUCACAGCGCUGGCACAUACAUGAAAGGGAUGAGCUUUGACGGCACUUCCCGUGGAGGGAGACCACCCCAGCCAGUCGUCACAAAGGAAGAUAUGAUGACAACCUACUUGGUCAAUGCGGUGGGCCCCUUGUUGGUAGCACAGGCAUUUGCGCCUCUCAUGGGUCCAGCACCAGGAAGCGACGAGAAACACCUUCCAGUUUACUCCAUUCUGACAAGUAAGGUGGGAAGUGUCUAUGACAACACUAGUGGCGGUACCUAUGCGUACAGAUCCAGUAAAAGUGCCUUGAACAACAUUGCCAAGAGUCUCAGCGUCGAUCUAGCAGGCGAGGCCUCGGUGGUCUUGUUGCAUCCCGGAUUUGUGAGGACGGAUAUGACUGGAGGAAAAGGUCUCAUUGAUACUCCAGAAAGUGUGUCUGGCAUGUUACGUGCAGUUGAGACCACAGAUGCCACUGUGGGAUUCCGGUUUGUAGACUUUAAGGCGUGCAUCAUCCCCUGGUAACUGUUGAGGUCCUCGCUGCUUCCAUUGUUUCAGUUGCAACAUGGAGGGCAGAGGGACGCCUUCCAUGGUAAAAAUCAAGACUUAGUGUAAAUAACAAGCACACUACUCAUAGGAAAUUUCCCUACAUCAGCU